CUACACAGUCGAUCGAUCGCUCGGGCGUUUAAACGCAACGUCGGCCUCGCCGCGACAACGCCUUCGCCACAAAGCAAACCAUCUCCACAACCACAAGCAACCGGCGCGUCGAUCGUACCCUGAAUCCCCUGAUUUUAUCUCCUUCCUCGGAUCCUUCCCGUUUCCUAAUUCAUCUUCCAUCUUCUGCGGCGACCCGCACGGGGAGUGUAUAUAAGACCAAGGAAAACCGCCUUGUCCCGGCACGCACUUGGCAGGCAUCCAGCGACCAGAGGCGACUAGCUAGCCAGCGGUUGCAAUGGGAAGGAGGCUGGACGUGCUGCUGGGGCGGACGACGAAGCAGACGGCGCGGCUCAAGUCGCUCCUAGGUCUGGCCGUCACGCGGCUCGCCGUGCUCCGGGCUCACCGGCAGGUGCGGUGCGCGCAGGCGCGGGGCGACGUGGAGCAGCUGCUCAGGCUGGGCCACGCCGACCGGGCCCUGCUCCGCGCCGAGCAGGUCAUCCGGGAGCAGGACAUGCUCGACGUCUUCCUACUACUCGAGUCCUACUGCAACCUCGUCUCCGACCGGGCCGCGCUCGUCGACGCCGCGCAGCGGGACAGGGAGUGCCCCGAGGAGCUGCGGGAGGCCGCCGCGGGGCUCGUGUACGCGGCGGCGCGCUGCGGGGACCUUCCCGAGCUCCAGGAGGUCCGGGCGCUACUCGCCGCCAAGCUCGGCAGGGACUUCGCCUCCGCCGCCGCCGAGCUCCGCAGCGGCUGCGGGAUCAAUACCAAGAUCGUGCAGAAACUGUCGACCAAGCAGCGCAGCCUGGAGAGCCGGACGAAGGUGCUGCUGGAGAUCGCCGCGGAGAAAGAGAUCCCGGUGCGCCUUCCCGAAACUACCUCCUACGACCACGAGGACUCGGGUUCUUCCCACCGAAGGAAGAAGAAGCAGCAGGACACCGAGAGGCACAGGACGCCGCCUCCAGCCGCCGACGUGGAGGGCGAUGACAUCGUCUCUCCCGACUCGGCGCUGAGAUACAAAGACGUGGAAGCGGCGGCGCAGGCGGCGUUCGAGUCGGCGGCCACGGCAGCGGCUGCCGCCAAGGCUGCCAUAGAGCUCUCGCGUGCCGAUCAGCCCGGGGACCCCGACGACAGGUACAGGAGGAAGCCAGUAGGGGCGCAUAUGGAGUCCGGGAAAGAGACGCUCCACGGCGGUGAGGAUCUGGCUGAUGCGAAGAAAUUCGGGAGGACCUUCGGGCAUGUCCGGAACUAUAGUUCCGAGGUUGAGGAUCUGCCGGAGACUGAAGAGCAUGAUGAUGACAUUGUAGAGAGCAAGUUCAAACACGGAGAACAGCGAGAUCAGGUCAGGAGCAGGCCCGCUUCAGUCAGGACAAAGAGGGGAUUUUAGCAGUUUUAGCUGCAUCCAUGUGGACAUAGCAGCGAUGGUUUCUUGAUCUCUUAAUAUUGUUAUUAGCUGCUAUGAUUAGCUGGCUUUCACAGUUUUAUAUCACAGAUUCUUCAUUUCUGUAGUUAGCCUAGGCCUUCAGGCCAUGCCAUAUAUUGAUAUAUGUAACGCAGAGAAUUUUUGUGUGAAAAAGUAACAUUCGUUU